AUGCACGCAAUUCACUUUAGAACGAUUCACUUUGACUCUUUGGCUUUUUGUUGCAGAAGUCACAACGGUUUAUUAGGGACUGGACAAAUGCCUUGUCUGAGUCUCACUGCCUUAUCUGUUACCCCAUGCUCCGUACAGCCCACCGCCCCUAGUACCCCGCUGUGCGUCUACUGCUCUCUCUCCACUGCUCUGUCUACUGCUCUCUCCCACUGCUCUAUGUCUACUGCUCUCUCCCCUCUGUGCUGUGCAUCUACUGCUCUCUCUCCACUGUGCUGUCUACUGCUCUCUCUCCACUGUGCUGUCUACUGCUCUCUCUCCACUGUGCUGUCUACUGCUCUCUCCCACUGCUCUGUCUACUGCUCUCUCUCCACUGCUCUGUCUACUGCUCUCUCCCACUGCUCUGUCUACUGCUCUCUCCCACUGCUCUGUGACUACUGCUCUCUCCCACUGCUCUAUCUACUGCUCUCUCCCACUGCUCUAUGUCUACUGCUCUCUCUCCACUGCUCUGUCUACUGCUCUCUCCCACUGCUCUAUGUCUACUGCUCUCUCCCCUCUGUGCUGUGCAUCUACUGCUCUCUCUCCACUGUGCUGUCUACUGCUCUCUCUCCACUGUGCUGUCUACUGCUCUCUCUCCACUGUGCUGUCUACUGCUCUCUCUCCACUGUGCUGUCUACUGCUCUCUCUCCACUGCACUGUCUCUGCUGCUCUCUCUCCACUGCGCUGUGUCUCUACUGCUCUCUCUCACUGCUCUGUGUGUCUCUACUGCUCUCUCCACUGCGCUGUCUACUGCUCUCUCUCCACUGUGCUGUGCUGUCUACUGCUCUCUCCCCACUGUGCUGUCUACUGCUCUCUCUCCACUGUGCUGUGUCUCUACUGCUCUCUCCAUUGCGCUGUCUACUGCUCUCUCACUGCUCUGUGUGUCUCUACUGCUCUCUCCACUGCGCUGUCUACUGCUCUCUCCCCACUGCUCUGUGUCUACUGCUUUCUCCACUGCUCUGUGUCUACUGCUUUCUCCACUGCUCUGUGUCUACUGCUCUCUCCUCACUGCUCUGUGUGUCUCUGCUGCUCUCUCUCUCCCCACUGUGGUGUCUGCACUCUGUUGUGCUGUCAGUGUUCUACUAACGCCACUGACUCACCUGUGCUGCACUUAAUGUAUCAUUUCAGGACCAAAAGGUCCCCCCCCCCCCCCCCCCCCACCAAUACUGCAGCUAAGUGCCAUUUUUAUUUAACCACCAAUAUACAGUAUCAAAAUACAGCCAGCUCUUCGCCCUAUAUUGAUAUAUAUGGUAUUGUGCUUUAUUUAUUAUCUCAUUUAAUUAUUGUUAUAUUUACCCUUGUGAUGAUUCCAUUUUUUGCAUUUAAACUGGAUGACAAUAAAUAUCUAAUGGAA